UCGCCAGCCUGUUGCGCUUGAGCGGGGAAAGAGAUGCGAGGGGUGGCGGCCGCCGCGGAGAUGGGCGUCUGGCUGCUGCUGCUCUGGUGUGGAGCCUCCCGCGCCGCCAGCAUCUACCUGAGCAGCUGGGCGGUGCGCGUCCCCGGCGGCGCCCAGGAGGCUCAGCGCCUGGCCCGCAGGCACGGACUGCUCUACCUGGGCCAGGUGAUUGAUGGAGGAUCCUACUACCACCUGAAACACAGGGGCAUGGCGCAGAAGUCUUUGACGCGGCACUGGGGGUGGCACCUCCGCCUGAAGAGAGAGCCUCAGAUCCCGUGGUUUGAACAGCAGACGCUGAAGAGGCGAAGAAAGAGAACAGCCGCGGUUGUCCCCACCGAUCCAUGGUUCCAUAAGCAGUGGUAUAUGAACAACGACAUCAUUCCAGACCUCAGUGUCCUCACAGCAUGGAGCCAGGGCUAUACCGGCUUGGGCGUAGUGGUGAGCGUUUUAGACGACGGGGUCGAGAAGGACCAUCCUGACCUUGUGGCUAACUAUGAUCCUAUGGCAAGUUACGACUUUAAUGACAACGAUCCAGACCCUCAGCCACGAUACAACACGUGGAAUGAGAACAGGCACGGGACACGCUGUGCAGGAGAGGUCGCUGCCACCGCUAACAACCACGUGUGUGGAGCCGGUAUCGCGUACAGGGCAAAAAUUGGGGGAGUGAGGAUGCUUGAUGGCGUCGUGAACGAUAUCGUGGAGGCCCAGUCGCUGAGCCUCCGCCCGCAGCACAUCGACAUCUACAGUGCCAGUUGGGGCCCAGAGGAUGAUGGGAAGACCGUGGAUGGCCCCGGGGUCCUGGCCAGGGAGGCCUUCCACAAGGGGGUAGCCAGUGGGCGUGGCGGGCUGGGCUCUCUCUUCAUCUGGGCCUCGGGGAACGGCGGCCUUCGGAAGGACAACUGCAACUGCGACGGCUACACCAACAGCAUCUACACCCUGUCCGUGGGCAGCGCCACUGAGACCGGCAGGGUGCCUUGGUACAACGAGGCCUGCGCCUCCACCCUCACCGCCACGUACAGCAGCGGGGCUCGGGGCGAGAAGCAGAUCGUGACCACAGACUUGCGACACACCUGCACAGGCAGUCAUACGGGCACCUCUGCCUCGGCCCCCCUGGCAGCUGGCCUGAUUGCCCUCGCUUUGGAGGCCAACCCAGACCUGACCUGGAGAGACACACAGCACCUGGUGGUGAGAGCUUCCAGCCCGGCUCACCUGCAGGCCGACGACUGGGCAGUGAAUGGAGUCGGGCGCAAAGUCAGCCACUACUACGGAUACGGGCUCUUGAACGCCGGGGACUUGGUGGAGAUGGCGAAGGGGUGGAAGAGGACCCGGCCUCAGCGGAAAUGCUUCAUUUGGGUGGUCCACGCACCAUUGGCCAUCGGGUCGCGGCUGUCCAUCUCCAAGAACGCCUCCUCCGCCCCCUGCCUCCAGAAGAGGAACCGGGGCAUCCACUCCCUGGAGCAUGUCCAGGCGCAGCUGUCGCUCAGUUACAGCCGGAGGGGAGAUCUGGCCAUCUCACUGACCAGUCCGAUGGGAACAACCUCAACCCUGGUGGACAUCAGGCCGUACGACACCAGCAGGGAAGGCUACAAGGACUGGUCCUUCAUGUCCACGCACUACUGGGAUGAAGAUCCCCAGGGAAUCUGGACCCUUCUCCUGGAAAACAAGGGGGAUGCGUAUAAUUCAGGGUUCCUCAGGAACUUUGUGUUAAAAUUGUACGGGACUGAUGAAGACAUGACAGCCCGACAGGCAGCUCCCCCAGUGUUGAGCAAGUGCGUGCAACACAGCCAUGACGGCACAUGCCAGGAAUGCCCCAGUCCGUUCUUCGCAGUCCAGCACCUCUGCCUCUCCUACUGCCCCCCCAGGUACUACAGUCUGUCCCGACUGGCUUUGAGCCCCAAUGGGACCCCGCACACAAUCCAGGCCUGUGCCGCUUGUGACCCAUCGUGCUACACCUGCCUGGCGGGGUCGGCCCACAACUGCAGCACCUGCCCGUCCCACAGCACAUACGAGGAGCGCUCCCACGCCUGUCUGCGGCCUCCGUCCAUCUCCUAUGUGCCCCAUGGGGGUGUUUUUGCUCUGGGGGACAGGCGUCUCCUCCUGGUCGUUGUGAUCUUGCUGGGCGUAGGACCUGUGGCUUUUUGCGUCCUCUGUGCCCUGUGUCGCUUGGUGAGCCGUGUGGGCGCGUGGCAGAAACAGGCGGGGUCCGAUGCAGAAUGUGGGACAGUCAGCCUGGAGCUCCUCUACCUCCACCACCCUGGGGCCAAGGAGAGUGUGAAGAGGCUGUGGUAGAAAUCUUUCCUGCCGCCCAGACGGCAGGCUGCCCUCCUGAAUUACUUGAAGCACCCUCCCCUGUUAUUUAUUUCUCCGAAUGGUUCUUGGAUCCCCUGAGAAAGCAAUAAAUGCUCAGCCUGA